GUGACCGUAGGAGGUGACUUGACAGCUACUUGGAAUUAAAACUGUUCUGUGAGUAGUUCGGGAAAGAUGUUGAUGGGAAAAUUUGAUUCAUCAUCUUAUCUUCUUUAAUGUUCUACAAAAAACUAAGCUUUUUAUUUGCUGAUAUCGGGCAGUGCUGCCGGCGAUCAGGUCAUAGUCCUGAGGCUUUGCAUUUCUUUAAAGAAACAUCAUGACAGAUGCAAAAUAUUUUACCACCACCAAAAAAAGGUGAAAUAUUUGAAUUAAAAAGUGAGCUGAAUAGUGAUAAAAAAGAAAAGAAAAGAGAAGCAGUUAAGAAAGUAAUUGCUUCUAUGACUGUUGGCAAAGAUGUGAGUGCUCUUUUUCCCGAUGUUGUAAACUGCAUGCAGACAGAUAACUUGGAACUGAAGAAGCUGGUUUAUUUAUAUUUGAUGAACUAUGCUAAGAGUCAACCUGAUAUGGCAAUUAUGGCAGUAAACACUUUUGUUAAGGAUUGUGAAGAUGCAAACCCUCUGAUUCGUGCUUUGGCUGUUCGCACUAUGGGAUGUAUCCGUGUGGACAAGAUAACUGAGUAUCUUUGUGAACCUCUCCGAAAGUGUUUGAAAGAUGAAGAUCCAUAUGUUAGAAAGACAGCAGCAGUGUCAGUGGCUAAACUACAUGAUAUCAAUGCCCAGUUAGUAGAAGACCAAGGCUUUUUAGACCAGCUGAGAGACCUGUUAUCUGAUUCUAAUCCAAUGGUUGUAGCUAAUGCAGUAGCUGCACUUUCUGAAAUUAACGAAGCUUCCAGCAGUGGUCAGCCAUUAAUUGAUAUGAAUGCUCAGACCAUCAAUAAACUGCUGACUGCUCUGAAUGAAUGUACUGAAUGGGGCCAAGUUUUCAUUCUUGAUUCUCUUGCUAAUUGCUUACCAAAGGAUGAAAGAGAAGCUCAGAGUAUUGCUGAAAGAGUGACACCAAGGCUUGCUCAUGCAAAUGCAGCUGUUGUGCUUUCAGCUGUAAAAGUACUGAUGAAAUUAAUGGAAAUGAUGAGUCCAGAUUCUGAAUUUGUCACAACUUUAACAAAAAAACUAGCUCCGCCAUUAGUAACUCUGCUGUCUAGUGAACCAGAGGUUCAAUAUGUGGCUCUUCGUAAUAUCAACUUAAUAGUGCAAAAAAGACCUGAUAUCUUGAAACAUGAGAUGAAAGUAUUCUUUGUUAAGUACAAUGAUCCUAUUUAUGUAAAGCUUGAAAAACUGGAUAUCAUGAUUAGAUUGGCAUCACAGGCUAAUAUUGCUCAGGUUUUAGCAGAAUUGAAAGAGUAUGCAACGGAAGUUGAUGUUGAUUUUGUUCGCAAGGCUGUACGUGCUAUUGGUAGAUGUGCCAUUAAGGUAGAACCAUCUGCAGAACGAUGUGUUAGUACUUUACUUGAUCUCAUACAAACGAAAGUAAAUUAUGUUGUUCAAGAAGCUAUUGUAGUUAUAAAGGACAUAUUUAGGAAGUAUCCAAAUAAAUACGAAAGUAUAAUUUCCACUCUAUGUGAGAAUUUGGAUACUUUAGAUGAACCUGAAGCCAGGGCUUCAAUGAUCUGGAUUAUUGGCGAAUAUGCUGAAAGAAUUGAUAAUGCUGAUGAACUGCUGGAAAGUUUCCUUGAAGGCUUCCAUGAUGAAAAUACUCAAGUGCAACUGCAACUCCUAACUGCUAUUGUGAAAUUAUUUCUGAAACGGCCCACAGAAACUCAGGAACUAGUCCAGCAAGUAUUAAGCUUGGCAACACAAGAUAGUGAUAAUCCUGAUUUAAGAGAUAGAGGAUUUAUAUAUUGGAGAUUAUUAUCUACAGAUCCUGCUGCUGCUAAGGAAGUUGUUUUGGCAGAAAAACCUUUAAUUUCUGAAGAAACAGAUUUACUUGAACCUUCUUUACUAGAUGAACUUAUUUGUCAUAUAAGUAGUUUGGCUUCUGUAUACCACAAACCUCCAUCUGCUUUUGUUGAAGGACGUUUGGGAAUUCGAAAAUCCUUACCACCUCGACAGAACUCGUUAGGUUCAACUGAAGAAGCACCAGCUGGCAGUCCAACUGUUGUUACAGAACAGGCAGCUGUUAUUCCUGCGGGUGAAAGCUUAAUAGGAGAUCUGCUUAGUAUUGAUCUGAAUGCACCCCCUACUGUGCCUCCUGUGGCACCUGCUGCAUCAGUUCCAAGUGCAGCUGUGGACUUACUUGGAGGAGGACUGGACAGCUUGCUUGGUGAUAUUGGAACAACAGAAACAACACCUGCUCCAGCACCUACAGUAGGUGCUGCAGGCCUUCUUGGGGAUAUAUUUGGUGUUGCACCUCCUGUAACUUUCUACACACCCCCAAAACAGGUUUGGUUACCUGCAACCAGAGGAAAAGGUUUGGAAAUCACUGGCACGUUUACUGUUCGAAAUAGUCAAAUAUACAUGGAAAUGACAUUUUUUAAUAAAGCUAUGCAAGCAAUGGGUGGUUUUGCCAUUCAGUUUAAUAAAAACAGUUUUGGAAUUGCUCCAGCACAACCUCUUCAAGUUCCAGCUCCUUUGUUGCCAAAUACAAGUGCAGAUGUCAGUCUACCAUUGAAUACUAUGGGAGCUGUGCAAAAGAUGGACCCCCUAACUAAUCUUCAAGUUGCAGUCAAAAACAACGUAGAUGUAUUUUACUUCAGCACUAUAGUUCCACUUCAUGUUUUCUGUACUGAAGAUGGUAUGAUGGAUAAAAGGGUCUUCCUUGCUACAUGGAAAGAUAUUCCAGCACAGAAUGAAGUUCAGUACACAAUAGAUAAUAUUGUUUUGAGUACAGAUCAAGUUUCACAAAAACUUCAGAACAAUAAUAUAUUUACUAUUGCAAAACGUAAUGUAGAUGGUCAAGAUAUGCUAUAUCAAUCUCUAAAGUUAACAAAUGGCAUAUGGGUUUUGGCUGAGAUGAAAAUUCAACCUGGUGUCACCUCUUUUACACUUUCUCUGAAAUCUCGUGCAAUGGAUGUUGCUUCUUCAGUUCAUCAGGCUUAUGAAGCUAUUUUGCAUAAUUGAGUAAUAUAAACUGAGUCUCAGUGUUGUUUUAUUGUAUUAUUAUAUAGUUACAAAAAUAUUUGGUUUGAAACAUUCUGAAUACAUUUCCUGUAACAUUCCACAUUAAUAAAUAUGUAUAGAUUUCUUCA